GAUUUCCUUGACAGACUUGUGUUUGUAAAUGACGUCACCGUGGAAAACAAGAUGGCCACCCACAAUUUGUAAAUGGAACUACUAACGUAGGAAUCAGCCUCGUUGAGCUACAAGAUCAAUGUUUUCAUACUGAUAGAAAGGCGACAACCCGGGUAGGGUAAACAAUACAUCAUUACCCUUGCUGGAGGCAGAUUUUAAAUAUACGACUUUCGGGACCAACACCCGGUGAAAACCGGGAAGGCGUGGAAAUUAAGAAUGGACGGAGGAGAGUAUAUUUCUUCAAUGGAAAACAUGGAUCCAACAUUAGCAGAACUUGGUGAUGAAUUCACACUUGGGGACAUCGAUGAAAUGCUCCAGUUUGUUAGCGGUCAGGUGGGGGAUUUCCCCGACCUCUUUGAGGACCAGAUGGCUGCUGGUUCUGUGCAGAAUGGGGUGGCGUCGACCCCGCGCCAGGCCCCCGCUGCCCCUCAGGCCCCCCAGACCCCCCAGGCCCCCCAGACCCCUCAGACCGUGUUCCAGACCAGUGCAGGAGGCAGCGUGACCUUGGCCGCAACUCCCGUGCUGCCGCCUCACUCUCUCCCGCUCACACCGCCCCAGACGCCAGUGCAGACGGUGACCGUGGCGCAGACCCAGCCACAGCUGCGCACGCCACCCCUGCUGCAGCCCCGGCCCCAGCAGCACGUGCAGCCCAUCCAGCCGCAGCAGGCCGUGCAGCCGAUGCAGGUGCAAACGCAGACCAUCCCCGUGCACACACAGGCCCUCACUGUGCAGACGCAGAGCUUCCCUGUGCACACCCAGACGCUAGCUAUGCACAAUCAGACGAUGCCUGUGCAAACACAGGCGCAGACGGUGAUGAUUACGUCAGGGCCGCAUCAAUCCCGCUUCAUUCAAAACCCUGUCAUCUGCCACCAGAGCCCCACUGCUGGCUUCCAGGUCAUCCAACCACAGAUGCAGAGCAUUAUGACAUCACCACAGAUGCAGCCAAUGACAAUCCAGCACCAGCGUCUGCUGACGCCGUCAGGGCAGACCAUCCAGACCCUCUCCACAGCGCCCACUGCUGUGCACACAAUGCAACAACAAGUGCAACAAGUUCUGGUCCACCAACCCCAGAUCCUCAAGACCGACUCUCUGGUUCUGACGACUCUAAAACCAGACGGAACCCAGGUUCUAUCCACCAUGCAGAACCCUAAUGGCAUCACCCACCUUACAACCCCUAUUCAAACAACUUCGCUUCAGGUUCCGACUCUGAUGGGCGGCAACAUCCUGCAUACUGUGCCGGUCAUGAUGAGUAGUGGUGACAAGUUGCCAAUCAAGCAGCUGUCAUCAGGCACCAUCCAUAGUGGAGUUCAAAGCAGGGCAUGCAUAGACCAGGGUUCACCAAUGAUUGUGGGCCCCGGGGGUGUGGUAAAGGAAGGGGAGCGCAGGACCACCCACAACAUCAUUGAGAAGAGGUAUCGCUCCUCCAUCAACGACAAGAUCAUUGAGCUCCGAGACCUGGUCAUGGGGCAUGAUGCCAAGAUGCACAAGUCAGGUGUGUUGCGCAAGGCCAUUGACUACAUCAAGUACCUGCAGCAGGUCAACCACAAGCUACGGCAGGAAAACCUGACCCUCAAGAUGGCCAACCAGAAGAACAAAUCUGUGUGUCUGGUUGAAGACAUGGAGCUGAAGCCGGAGUUGCAGAUGAUGUCUCCUCCAGCCUCUGACUCGGGCUCUGGCUCCCCAGACCAGUUCUCCCCCUACUGCAUCGACUCGGAGCCCGCCAGCCCUCUGCUGGAGCACGAGCAGAUGAAGAUCGAGCCGGAUUCUCCCUCCACUGUCGGAGUGAUGGACCGCUCCCGUCUGCUCCUCUGCGCCCUCACCUUCCUCUGCCUCUCCCUCAACCCCCUGCCCUCCUUGCUGGGGUCUGAAGCUCACGUUGGACCCAGCUGGGGUGCUGAUGCUGGCGGCCAUGGACCUACCAGAACUCUCUUCUCUUUCCCCUCUCAAACACAGAACUUUGCUUCCUGGUUAUGGUGUCUGUUGCCGUGGGUGAUGGUGUGGGUACUGAGUGGGAUCGGUGCGGUGUGGGGGUGUGUGCGGGUGCUCUACCUAUGGGAGCCUGUGACCCCUCUCCACUCACCCAGAUCUGUGUCCUUCUGGAGGCACCGCAAGCAGGCCGACCUGCAUCUGUACAGGGGUGAAAACUAUGCUGCAGUCACCAGCCUGGAGACCUGCCUGUCCAUCUUAUCCAGAGCUCUACCCACCAGCGGACUGGACCUAGCCUGCUCUCUUUCCUGGAACGUGAUUCGCUACUGUCUCCAUAGGCCCACCCCCUUGGGAUGGCUUGUGCGCCAGGUUGGUGGACGACAUGAAGGGGAGGAGUCUCAGACUAGUGCCCGGGAUGCAGCUCUGGUCUACCACCGCCUCAGCCAGCUCCAGCUCACAGGUAAAUUGGCCGACCGCAGCAGCCUCUGGGCUCUGUCUCUUUCCUUGAGUGCGGUGAACCUGAGCGAGAGUGCCCAGGGGAAGAUGCCCCCCACCCAGCUGGCACAGAUCUACGUCACCGCUGCAACUGCCCUGCGGACAGCACUGGGCCACCAUCUCUCGUGCCUGCCUGGCCAUUUGCUGAAUCGUGCUGAGAGUGUGGCCAGCCAAUCAGACGGCAAGCCCAUUCCUGAUGGCCUGCGCUGGCUCUUCACCCCAUUGGGCAGGCAGUUCUUCCUGAGCUGUGAUUGGUCAGUGAAGUCAGAGAGUCAUGAGGGAGUGUACACGUCCCAGAGAGACCAAGCGGACCCUAUUGCCCAGCUGCACUGCUGCUUCUGUGAGAAGCUUCUGGAAAGGGCCGUCCACUCCCUUAUCCAGCCCCAAAGUCACUCUGGGGCCAACAAAUACAAAGAUGACUCUGGGGAGUUCUUCGGUGCUCUGGAGUUCCUCCAGCUGCUGAACAGCUGCACUGAAGAGUCCUCCACCCCCUCACCCUCCUUCCCGGCUCUGCCCAAUCAAAACACGACACCAGUGGGAGACCCUGUGUGCCGCUGGUGGAUGCUGGUCCUGAAGGCUGCGCUUCACUGGCUGCAGGGCGACGAUGCAGCUGUGAGGUCGUUACUAGCUGAGGCUGAACGUGUCCCCAGAGCACUGCACACACUCGACCACCCUCUGCCCAAGGCUGUGCAGCUGCUGUGUAAGGCGGUGCAGGUGAGCUUGAGCCAGCAGAAGGGGGAGGGUGUGGGCGCUUGCCUGGCCCACUGCGAGCGCUCCAGCGCCUACCUGCGCGCGAGCAUCUCUGUGCAGCUGGCCCAGUCUGCCACCUGGCUCAACAAGGGGGUUGAGCUUCUGGUGUGUGACCUCUUACUGACCCUGCGGACCAACCUGUGGCAGCGAGGAGGUUCUAAUGGGGAGUCAGGCCCCGCCCUGGGCUCCCAGUUGGCUGGCUUCCAGAGAGACCUGAGCUCCCUGCGCAAGCUGGGGCAGUGCUACAGACAGGCCCAGCAUAAGGUAUUUCUGCACGAGACCACAGUGAGGCUGAUGGCUGGAGCAAGUCCAACGCGCACACACCAGCUGCUGGAGCACAGCCUACGGCGCCGCCCUCAAGACCCUGGCCACACCGCUGAGGGCACCUGCGUCCUGGGAGAGCGUGAGCGAGCCCAUGCCAUCCUGCUGGCGUGUCGUCACCUCCCUCUUCCCCUGCUGACACCGCCUGGGCACCGUGCCCGCCUGCUGGCUGAGGCCAAGCGCACAUUGGAGCGCGUCGGAGACCGGCGCUCGGUGCAGGACUGCCAGCAGAUCCUGUUACGCCUUGGCGGGGGCACCACCAUGGCCGCCUCCUGAGGCCUGGUCCCAGAUCAACCUCAGGCCCCAUGAGGUUCUUAAAGGGAGUUACCCGUCAGUCUCCAACCACAGACACCAGAUCAGCCAUCUGCUACACAGUGGCGCAUUUGAAUAGGGAAAAACUGAGUAGCCAUUCAUUGUCAUCCCCAGCCCGCAAUUAUGUUCAUAUAUGUGUCGUUCAUUUAAAGCACUGUGCAUUUUACCAUACACACGCACACACACACACACACACACACACACGAAUAGGCUGUAGAUUCUACUUUUAUUCACCUAUAGAAUUUAGACCAAGCCUAUCGUAUUCAGACACAAGCAGUGAGAACUUUUAUAGGGUCUCUCUGUAUUUUUAUAGAUCAUCUUACUUUUACCAUUCUUUUAUUGCCCUGUUGCAGACCUAUCUGUUCUCUGUAGAAGAGAAGACUGUCUCUUGUUUACCCUCAGGCAACACCUCAACCAUGUUGCCAUAGCUUGUCGCUAGUUAUUUAUGAGCCAGACCUCACACUGGAAAACUGAACAUGCACGAGAGGGAUGUUGUCAUAACGUGCAGUUGGCUCUUUAUGGCCUCUGACCAUAGAGAGGGGAGGGGAGGAGUGGUUUCUCUGGGUUCUGGAGGUAAAGAAAACAACCUCCUUGAAUUGCAGGUUUACUGUGCACACUGUGUAGUCUCUCUCGCUCUCUCUCUCUCUUUCUUUCUCUGUUUUAGUCUCCAUGUCUACCACCUUUUUCAAGUUUUUCUUAUUCCUGACAGGAUCUUUCACUUGGCAAAUACCCUCUAUGGUCACUCAUUCUCUGGAUUGGAAAAACUAAACAAAACAAUCAAUUAGCCAUGCCCAGAACUUGCAUUUCAUUAAAAAAAAUUGCUAAAUGCUGCCACCAACCGUGACCAAUACAAACACAGGACCACCAGUAGGGACUCGAUACCCACUGUAACGGUUUGUUAGAAGAUUAGAAGGACACCAUCUAUCUCACCUUCUUCUCCUCUUGACCAUUCAAAGGGCUUUAAGGGAAACGAAGCCCGCUAGACUUUCUCUGAGUUUCACAGCGCAAACGCAAACUCAAGGCCUCUCGCAGGACUGCUUGUGUAGAAUCAGUUUGUACCUACCUCAUUUACUACACAAGGCCUGAACAGUGCGCCGUUACUGUAGUACUGAAGAACCAGUUGGCCAUUGAGUGUCCAGCAGUAAACUGUUGUAAUUGUGAAACAGUAGUAUGGAUUGGUAAAACACCAGAUGAAGCAUAGUGCAAUUCUGAUCAUACAGUAUGUAAAUGUUUGUACUUUAAUUUAUAAAUAGAGAGUUCAGUGACCUUGAAUUUCAUAAAUCAGUGGACCCAAGCAUCAGAUUUUUGGCAUCAAACUCACAUACACACACGAAUAUUUAUACAAAUACACACACCGAGCUCAGUCCUGUUUUGUAUAUACAUUGUAUAUAGCUGUGUAGAGACCAAAGUCAAACUUAGAGCAUAGUAGCCUGUUGUCACCCAUGUGAGAAAUGGCCAGACAUCUUUCUGAAACAUUUUCUAUAGGAUGUUAUAUGUACACAUGGUCAGAAUACCUUUGAACUUAAAAUGGAAAAGGAUGCUGACCAACUGGUAGUGUGCCCAAACAUGAAGUAGUCAUGACGGAGCUCUGGCCACCCUGCUGGAAGGCAGGAUUGGAUGAGUUAACCAGUUAACUCCACAGCUUCAUGGCCUUGAACCUUAAUUAUCACUUUCCAUUUGUUCUAGUUCUUUUAUUGUUUCAUUUUAAAAGGAUGCCGGUAAUGGGCUCUUUUAUGUGUUUUUAAUUCUGGACUUGUUGGAUAGAUUAUUUUUGUCAGUGUUGCCAUUGUGUGUUUUGCAAGUUCGGUUAUUUAAAGAUCUGUAAUGCAAUUACACUUUUUUUUGUCUUUGUUUUAAUGAGCACUCUGUCUCCCUCAGUUUAUACUUUCGGUUUCUUGAUGAUGGGGUCAGAAAAGUUUUAAAUGUUGGAAUUUAGGGUACCAGAAAAGUUGCUUAAAUGUUCUGCUUCAUAUGUUUAUUGCCUGCAGAAAUAUUAUGAUUUUUUUAAACAGCAAAAAAUAUUGUCAGGUUUUAAACUGCGGCAGAAUUUCCAUGUGACAUUAGUUGGGUAUCUUUUCUGUAUAUCACCCAAACAACCAGCUUUAAGUUUUCUCCUGGAAUGACCAAUGGCUGUAAUGGAUUGCUUAGCGCGGUGCCAUAACAGUCCCUUGAUGGAAAUAUGUUACAAACUUUCCCCCUUUCUCUUUCUCUGUAUGUGUUUCUUGUUUGGAUUUUUAUGUUUGAAGUUUGUUUUUUAAUAAAACUGCAGAUGACCAUG